AUGUCUAAUAUUGGAACACAAGAGGCAACAAAAAAAACAACGACUUUGUUAAGUUGGUCUCUUCAUCAAAUACAAAAUUUCAAACAAUUAAUCGGCGGUGAGAGUAAAAAUCCGAAAUGGGAUUUAGUACUUCUCGGUGGUGCUCUGGGUUCUUUAUAUUCAUUUUUACAGUUUGUGGCAUCUCCAUUUAUUGGCACUCUUUCUGAUAGAUAUGGAAGGCGAAAUACUUUAUUAGUGACUAUGGUUUGGAAAAAAUUAGUUGCUUUUAUGAUUUCCGAUGAAUUUAGGAUCGGAAAUAUUCUUUCAACCCUUAUAUGGCUUUUUUCUAAAUCAUUUGGGUUGUUUGUAUUAUCUCGAAUUAUCGCUGGAUUAAGCGAAGGCAAUGUUCAAUUAUCAAUUGCAAUAAUCUCUGACGUUACUUCAAAAGAAACAAGAUCUAAAGGAUUGGCAUUAGUAGGAAUAGCAUUUUCUAUCUCAUUCACAAUUGGACCCGCUAUAGGCGCAUUUUUUUCUUCCAAAGAUUUAUCACAAAUAUUCCCUCAACUUGUUAAAUGGGGGUUAAAUCCUUAUUCUAUGUCUGCAUUAGUCGCACUAACUUUAUUGUGUAUAGAAACAUUAUAUUUAUAUUUAUUUUUACCUGAGACUGUAAACCAUUAUCACAGGUCUCAAAAUUUACAGCCUAUUGAUUCUAAACAUCACAAAUCAAAUUCAACAAUUUCAUAUCAACAAACAAAUACAGUAUCACAACGUCUUGCAAAUUUAACAAAUUUAAAUUGGAUUCACUUUCUAUUUUUAUUUUUCUUUUCUGGGAUGGAAUUUACACUCACUUUUCUGACUUUUGAUCUAUUUAAUUUCACUAAUAUGCAAAAUGGAGCAUUACUUGGAUAUAUUGGAAUAUUAUCAUCAAUCCUUCAAGGUGGAUAUGUUCGACGUAUGGCGCACGUAGUUGGUGAAAAGCGACUUGUUGUUCAAGGUGUAUUAUGUUGUGCAAUCUCUUUAGCUAUAAUUGCUGCUUUAACAAAGACUACAAAUGGAUUCAUGUGGCUUUAUGUCGGUGCCACUUUUUUAGCAAUCACAUCAGCAACGGUUGUAACUUGCUUAAAUUCCAUAGCAUCAAUGCAAUGUGAUGACUACGAUGGUGAUGAACAAAACAAGGAAAGCGUUUCAGCCAAAAAUAAUGAACAAUCAUUAAUAAAUAAUUCUGAUAAUUCUGAAAAGUUAACUCGUAUAGCUAAGGGACAAGCAUUAGGAAUGUACCGGUCAUUUGGUCAAUUAGGUCGUGCUGCAGGUCCAAUAAUGGCAUGUGGAUUAUAUUGGAUGGCAGGAUCUGAAAAAUGUUAUGGGUUGGGUGCUUUUUCAAUGUUGAUAAUAUUUGGUAUCGUGAUCGCUAAAGUUCCAUAUAUCCCUACCAAGAGACAAAAAUCAGAAUAA